AUGUCAUCACCACUAUCUCCUAUGCGCCGCGUCGUGACCUCGCACAAUGCACAGGGGCAGGCUAUUGUGGCGCGCGACAGUGAAAUCUCGGUGGACAUGUUGCCACACGGUGCUGGCUCUGCCCUGAUCUGGUCGAGCGAUUCGAGCCCGGCCAACAUUAACUCAGGGGAUGAUGCAGCUCUCACCGACACCGGAUUUGUGAAUAAGGGUUCAAUUUUCCGUAUCGUCGAUAUCCCACCACGAAGCGUUGGGGCUCUGCACCGCUCCCUGUCGCUGGACUACGUAAUAAUGACAAAAGGAUCGAUCACCCUAUCCCUGGACAAUGGUACCAGAACGAAGAUACGAGAAGGCGAUUUUGUCAUACAGCAGGCCACCAUGCAUGGCUGGGACAAUGACAGCGAUGAGUGGGCACGGUUGAUCGCCAUUAUGCUACCGGCAAAGGCGCCAGUCACGGAGGGGAAGGAGCUAUCAGAGGAUCUCUCUGCAUUGUUUGGAUCUGGAGGCUAG